UAACACCCACGAAGUGCGUGUGUUUGUGUGUGUUUAUAUAUAUAUGUAAUGUAUGUAUACAUAGAAUAAUACACAAAUUCAGUGUUUACUUCUUCACGUACCCACAUUGCCAUUUGGGAGGACCUUAAAAAUCAGUAGAAAAACCAAAAACCUCGAAUUUCCCAUCACUUUACUCUCUAUAUCUCUCCCUGAGUUUUUGGGUUUUCCAAUUCUAUAUAUAAGGGUGUCUAAAUCCUUCAGUUGGUCAUAUAUCAAGAACCGAUUUGAGGAAAUUGAGGAAUUGCAUUCUCUGGGCAGGAUUUCAAGAAGGAUCUGAGUUAUGGCUAUGGAAGCUUCCAACGGAUCUAGAAAGCCACCACCUACUCCAUCUCCGUUAAGAAGUGCCAAAUUUUUUCAGGCCAAUAUGAGAAUCUUGGUCACUGGAGGAGCUGGGUUUAUUGGCUCUCAUCUAGUUGACAGGUUGAUGGAAAAAGAGAAGAACGAGGUUAUUGUUGUUGAUAACUACUUUACUGGUUCAAAAGACAACCUGAAGAAAUGGAUUGGUCAUCCAAGAUUUGAGCUCAUUCGCCAUGAUGUCACAGAGCCAUUGCUUAUUGAGGUUGAUCAAAUAUAUCAUCUUGCUUGCCCUGCAUCUCCAAUCUUCUACAAAUACAAUCCUGUAAAGACAAUAAAAACAAAUGUAAUUGGUACAUUGAACAUGCUGGGACUUGCCAAGCGAGUUGGGGCAAGGAUUUUGCUAACAUCCACUUCAGAGGUGUAUGGAGAUCCGCUUGAGCAUCCUCAGACUGAAAGCUACUGGGGAAACGUCAACCCAAUUGGAGUUAGGAGUUGCUAUGAUGAGGGGAAGCGUGUUGCUGAAACUUUGAUGUUUGAUUAUCAUAGGCAACAUGGAAUUGAAAUAAGGAUUGCUAGGAUUUUUAACACAUACGGACCUCGUAUGAAUAUCGAUGAUGGUCGGGUUGUCAGCAACUUCAUUGCUCAAGCAAUCCGUGGUGAACCCUUGACCGUCCAAGCACCUGGAACACAAACCAGGAGUUUCUGUUAUGUCUCUGACAUGGUUGAUGGUCUUAUUCGACUUAUGGAAGGUGAAAACACUGGACCAAUCAACAUUGGGAAUCCAGGUGAAUUUACAAUGCUUGAACUUGCAGAGAAUGUGAAGGAGCUUAUCAAUCCAGAUGUGGAGAUCAAAAUGGUAGAGAACACGCCCGAUGAUCCUCGCCAAAGGAAGCCAGACAUCACAAAAGCAAAUGAGCUUUUAGGAUGGCAACCGAAGGUCAAGUUGCGUGAUGGCCUUCCUCUCAUGGAGGAUGAUUUCAGGACGAGACUUGGUGUCCCAAAGGAGUGAAAAACCAUGUAGCAUAUAGAGAAAAUACAAUGCCGGAGUUGCUAUUUUGUGUUCCCACUUAAUUGAGUGGGAAAUAUUAUUGUCAAAGUGUUCGGAGAUACAGAUGUUCUUUUCCCUUAAAUAUGUUUCCUUUUAUUUUUUUACAUGUUAUCAUUUAGUAGAGGAAUAAAUAAAUCUAUGUUUUGUCUUAUACAAGGAACAGGGGGAACUUACACUCUGCAUCGGUUUUUGAGAUGUAUUUGGUUUUUAUAUAAAGAAAGCUUUUGGUUUA